AUGCAGACCAUUAAAUGCGUCGUCGUCGGCGACGGUGCUGUCGGCAAGACCUGUCUCCUCAUCUCGUACACGACCAACAAGUUCCCAUCAGAGUAUGUGCCGACGGUGUUCGAUAACUACGCCGUCACCGUCAUGAUCGGCGAGGACCCGUACACUCUUGGUCUGUUUGACACUGCGGGACAGGAGGACUACGACCGUCUGCGACCCCUUUCUUACCCUCAAACCGACGUUUUCCUCGUAUGCUUCAGCGUGACCUCGCCCGCAUCGUUUGAAAACGUCAAGGAGAAGUGGUUCCCCGAGGUCCACCACCAUUGCCCCGGCGUCCCUUGCCUCAUUGUUGGUACCCAGGUCGACCUUCGCGAUGACCAGGGCCACCUAGACAAACUCGCCCGGCAAAAGCAGAGGCCCAUCACCACCGAGCAGGGCGAGCGCCUCGCCAAGGACCUCCAGGCUGUCAAGUAUGUCGAGUGCUCAGCCUUGACCCAGCGUGGCCUCAAGAACGUCUUCGACGAGGCCAUCGUCGCAGCCCUCGAACCACCGGCCAUCAAGAAGAAGAAGAACAAGUGUCUCGUGCUCUGA